AUGACCGACUCACCCAAACUAAACGACCCCUCGCUCUUUGUGGGCAAGAACUAUGUCGGCGGCCACUGGAUCGAGUCUGCAUCGCGGAAAAGAUUCGACGUCCACGACCCCGCCAGUGGCUCUCUAAUCGGAACAUGCCCCGAAUCAACCCCCCAAGAUGCCGAACAAGCCAUCCGCGCCGCCGCAGCAGCGUUGCCAGUCUGGCGCACUCGAACAGGCCGCGACCGCUCGCGCAUCCUGCGAAAGUGGUACGAGCUCGUUAUCCAGAAUAAAGAGGACCUGGCGACACUCAUCACCUGGGAGAACGGGAAGGCCAGGCCCGAUGCCGCGGGGGAGGUGCUCUUUGCAGCGAGUUUCCUGGAGUGGUUUGCGGAGGAGGCGCCGAGGGUAUACGGUGAUGUUGUGCCGCACUCGCAGCCUGGGUUUAGGGUUUCGGUGCUCAAGGAGCCCGUAGGUGUUGUUGGGCUUAUUACACCAUGGAACUUCCCUGCGGCGAUGAUAACGCGCAAACUCGGGCCCGCGCUUGCAGCUGGCUGUACAGCGGUUGUGAAAACAGCAGGCGAGACACCCUUUACAGCGAAUGCCUUGCUAAUCCUCGGUGAAAGAGCCGGCGUACCAAAGGGCGUGAUCAACAGUAUCGCAGCCUUGGAGAAUACACCUGUAAUCGGGCAGACACUGUGCGCGUCGAACACCGUGCGCAAGAUCUCAUUCACGGGCUCGACUCGCGUGGGCAAGAUCCUGAUGAACCAGUCUAGUGAUACGUUGAAGAAACUGAGUCUGGAGCUUGGAGGGAAUGCGCCCUUCAUUGUGUUUGACGAUGCGGAUUUGGAUCUUGCGGUUGCGGGGGCCGUUGCGAGUAAGUUUAAGUCGUCGGGGCAGACUUGUGUUUGUUCGAAUCGGAUCUUUGUGCAAAAAGGGGUUUAUAGUGAGUUUGUGAGGAGGUUGAAGGAGGUUGUGCAGGGAUUCAGGGUUGGACCUGGGUUUGAUAGUAGCACUACUCACGGGCCGCUUGUUAUCGCUGGCGCUGCUGCGCGGGUAGAGUCUCUAAUUGCAGAUUCUGUCAAGGCAGGAGCUAAAGUAGAAGCUGGAGGAAGACGCCGGUCUGAUCUUGGACCCAAUUUCGUCGAGCCCACGAUCUUGACAAACGUCACCACAGACAUGCGACUAAUGGAGGAGGAGAUAUUCGGUCCUGUCGCGCCAAUCCUUAGCUUCGAAGACGAGAGCCAGGUCGUGGACAUCGCAAACAAGUGUGAUGUCGGUCUAGCGUCUUAUGUCUUCUCGCAGGACGUCAACCGUGUUGCGCGUGUUACAGACCUUCUGUCCUUUGGAAUGGUUGCAUUGAAAACUGGCGUUGUGUCAGAUGCAGCAGCGCCGUUUGGUGGUGUCAAGCACUCUGGCCUAGGCCGCGAGGGAAGCAAGUAUGGCAUUGAGGAUUAUUUGAACGUGAAGACGGUUAUUACAGGGAAUAUCAAUGUUGUUCAUAGGGCGUCUCUGUAG